GAUAACGAUUGAGGGCGCGCGCGCGAUCGAGCGAAUUUCGGUCGCGGCGGGCUGUACGGCUGGUGGUGUUUUGCGUGGGUAGUCGCGCCGUGGGGUUAAUGUGUUUUUUUUUCUAGAUCGUUGACCCCUAUUAUUAUAUUACCCCGCACGCGUUUUUUCCCCUUCGUUUUAUUUUUUUAUUAUUCCAUUUGCGCUCAUAAAAUACCCGUGUCACUCCGAGACAAUGACAAGUGCGAAAUAAGCCGUCUGGGUUAGUGGGUUGUGCCAUUAUUUCGGAUUCCGAACCACACCGCGAGUAGAACUGCCAUUGUUGUCCGCCAAACACGACCCUAGUUAGGUUUAUAUACCUACGUUAUUUUUCUUCUUUUUUUCCAUUUUCUGUCGUUGACUAAACUACAACUGCUGGGACAUCUACGUCGUUGACCAAGUCGUCAGUGAUAUGGAAUCGAAUCGUUGACGGCAUGCACAAUAGCGUGUUGGUGGGUGGUUCAUCGAUAAAGCAUGAUAUCUGUUGGGACGAGUUCAAAGAUGGCCAGUAAUAGGACUAAUGCUGCUACCUCCGCCGCCUCUGGCACAGAUUCAGAAGAGACUGCUGAACAAAUUGUACGUAAAAAAACUACAAUAUCGCCAGAAGAUGUAUUGACUCUGUCUAAAAUUACAGAAGGGUAUUUAUGUGCUCCAGAUGCAAAUAUAUAUAAUAUAGAUUUUAUACGUUUUAAAAUACGUGACCUAGAUACAGGCAUGGUUUUGUUUGAAAUUGCCAAGCCUUCUGUGAUACUUGACGACAAUCAAACUGAAGGAAAAGUAGAAGAGACAGAUCUAAAUAGCGGCCGAUUUGUACGCUAUCAAUUUACACCCAAGUUUCUUAAACUGAAAUUGGUUGGAGCAACUGUGGAGUUUACUGUGGGAAAUAAGCCAGUUAAUAAGUUUCGCAUGAUUGAACGUCAUUAUUUCCGUAACAAAUUAUUAAAGACAUUUGACUUUGAAUUUGGCUUUUGCAUACCACACAGCAAAAAUACAUGUGAACACAUCUACAAAUUUCCUAAGUUGGAUCCUGAAUCAAUUAAGGAAAUGAUCCAAAAUCCAUUUGAAACCAAAUCUGACAGUUUUUAUUUUGUUGAAGAUCGACUCAUAAUGCACAACAAAGCUGAAUAUGCAUACAAUGGUGGUGUUUAGUAGAACCGAAACAACCUUUUUAUGUUCAUUGAACAUAGUUAACAUUUCACGGUUUUUAUUUUUAACUAAAAUUUCUAACAUGAUUUUACAUCACAUUGUGUGGUCACACUUGUCACAUUUUUUGAUUUGGAGUUGCACUUUACACUCCAACAAGUUUGCUAUUCUUUUAAAACAUAUUUGAACUCAAAUAUCACAGUGUUUUAUGAGUAUAAGACAUAGUAUUAUACAUUUAUUAUUAUUAUUAUUUAAGUUACCUACUAGAAUUGUUAAUUGUUAUGAAUCCCAUUAUAAUUGAUAAAAAUAAAUCACAAUUUUAUUUUAUUUCUGUGAUAAAAAAAAUGAGGUUCACUAUUAUUGAUAAAAUAUAAAUAUUAUGGAAUAUAUUUAACAAAACAUUUAUAAAUUUUUACAAUUUAUUCAAAUUAUUGAGUUUUUAAGAAAUAUAAUAAUUUAUGAUAUGUAUA